UCUCGGUAAGACAUGUCUUGGAUCAGAGAAGGCGAGCUGACCAUCAUAGAGAGAUUUUGUGCCAACAUCAUUAAGGCAGGUCCAAUGCCCAAGCAUGUUGCCUUCAUCAUGGAUGGUAAUCGCCGUUACGCCCAAAAGUGCCACGUGGAGAGACAGCAGGGGCAUUCGCAAGGCUUUGAUAAGCUGGCACAGACACUACGGUGGUGCUUAAAUCUAGGCAUUCGGGAGGUCACCGUUUAUGCAUUUAGUAUUGAGAACUUUAAACGCUCCAAGGAGGAGGUGGAUGGACUAAUGGAUCUGGCAAGACAGAAAUUUAGCCGCCUGCUGGAAGAACAGGAGAACUUGAAGAAGCAUGGUGUGUGUAUCCGUGUCCUUGGAGACCUUCCACUUCUGCCCUUGGAUAUUCAGGAGCUGAUUGCCCAAGCUGUGCUGGCAACUAGGAACUACAACAAGUGCUUUCUAAAUGUCUGCUUUGCAUACACAUCAAGACAUGAAAUCAGCAAUGCUGUCAGGGAAAUGGCAUGGGGGGUGGAACAAGGACUGCUCGAACCCAGUGAUGUGUCUGAAUCGUUGCUUGAUAAGUGUCUGUACACCAACAACUCUCCUGACCCAGACCUCCUGAUUCGAACCUCUGGAGAGGUUCGGUUGAGUGAUUUCUUGCUCUGGCAGACAUCCCAUUCAUGCUUGGUGUUUCAGUCAGUCUUGUGGCCAGAAUAUUCCUUUUGGAACUUGUGUGAGGCUAUCCUUCGGUUCCAGAUGAACUACAGUGCUUUACAGAAGGCCAGAGACUCCUACACAGAGGAAAGGAGGCGACAACAGAUGGAAAGGGAUCAGGCUUACGUGACAAAGAAGCUGCAGCAGGAGGGGUUUGCAUCCCACGGAGACUCUCGGCGCCGACGGACACUGUUGCAGAAGUGCACCGCUAUGCGGGAAGAGAGAAUCCAGGGCUUUCUACAGGCACUAGAGCACAAGAGAGCGGACUUCUUUGAAAGAUUGUGUACGGUGUCUGCAUGACAUAGGUGUUGGGGUGUUCUUGGGAAGACAAUUUUUAACCGCAUUAGAGGGAACAGCUGCUGCCCAGAGGAAUUCA